CGAUACUUCAUCAAAUCAAGACUUGCUGCAUAAAAGACGGUUCAGCCUGUGCAUGAUCUCGCUGCUAUUGUCUGUCGCCGCACAACGUUUAUGGAAACACUAAUUUAAGACCUUGCUGUGCCUGUUUAUCGUUUGCUAUCGCUGCCACAACUUCACGCACAGUUCCCCUCAUUCCCGCUUAUGGACUUGGCGCCAUGAAUUUGUUCCCACCCAUUCCCACAUGACCUUUUCAGCUCGAAAGGGUUCCGUUCUAGUGACACUUCACAGUGCAUUUUUUUUUCGCGUCUCUUGGGGGCCAAUCUUGCGCGGUGAAAAUCCCGGGCCCCGGGAUUUUGAGCCCGGGAUUUUCUACCAGCCGGAUGGCCAAUUCGCCGAAAACGAUUUGGUCCAUGAAGAGCUGCCUCAGGAAAGCAGUGAAAUGUCAGAUACAGCAACACAGUUCCUUGGACACGGAAAUCUAGGACCCAAGAUGGCGCUACAAGAGUCCUUACUGUCCUAUGGGAAAUUCCACGGCUGGUAUCCGGCGAUCAACAAGAGACUGACGCGGUGAGUUGAACGGACGAAAAACGGUACAAUCUGGCGCUGGUGAUACAAGGGCGAUGA